AUGGUUGAGGCUUUGAGGCUAGAUGGCCUUGCGACCACCCUGAAAUUCAAGAUGGGGUUGUUUAACAGCUCCAACAAAAUCUGGGUUCUGUGGAGGGAUAGUUUUGCAGCUUCCGUCCUGGGAAAUUCUGAUCAGUAUAUACACCUGGCCGUGACACGCGACAGAUGGCCCCAUGUAAUCUAUUGCACGUUCGUGUACGCCAAGUACACCACAGCAGAGCGUCAGCCUCUAUCGACAGACUUACUGACACUCUCCCAGAUUGUUGGCUCAAGACCCUGGAUGGUGGGAGGCGAUUUCAACGUAACAGCUUCAAUAGUUGAAUAUCUCGGCCCAGCUCAGCAGAAUAUGGGGGCGAUAACGGUGUUUGUGGAUACCAUCUCCACUUGUAGCUUGCAUUCUGUCUCAGCAUUCGGCAGCCGCUUCACCUGGACUGGAAUUUGCCAGGGGAGACGUAUAUGGAAACGGUUGGAUAGGGUACUAAUCAAUAUGGAAUGGCUGCACUCCUUUCACCUUUCUUCUUUGCAGCAUUUAAAUAGAGCAGGGUCGGACCACUCCCCAUUGCUAUUCCAAAUUCAGCGUAGGAAUCCAGCCUGUCCUUGGGCUUUUAAGUUCCAACAUAUGUGGGUCAAUCACCCGUCCUUUCAUGAAGUAUUACGCGCUAAUUGGCAGCAGGAAAUUAACGGAUACAGUAUGUUUGCCUUCUCCUCAAAGCUAAAGCAACUGAAGCACAUGCUCCGCGAAUGGAACAAAAAUGCAUUUGGGAACAUCUUCAGCAAUGUGGCAGCCGCGGAAGAGGAAGUCCGAAUAAGUGAAAUUAGGUUGGAGGAGGAAGGGUCGAAGGAAGCUAGACUCCAUUGGAGCCGGGCUCAAGCACAGCUUCUCAAAACCCUUGCUGACGAGGAGACAUAUUGGAAACAGAAAGCCUGCGUGUGGUGGCUAAAGGAGGGGGACUCCAACACACAAUUUUUCCACUCCUCUAUCCUAGCUAAGCGUGCUCUUCUCUCUAUCCACCGUAUCAAGGACAUCAAUGGCACUUUAUGGGAGGAUGAGAGCGUGAUUGGCCAAAGUGCAGCUCUCUUCUUCUAA